AUAUGGUCUUCUUCUUUGUCUGAGGCUAAAGAGCUUCAACUUAUGGUGCUUGAGUCAACCAAUGGUCCCUAUGCCAUCGAAGGACUUUCUCACCUACUUGCAUUAGAGAUGCCCAAGCUUUGUGAAUAUAUGACCUUGGAAGGAAAAGCUUCAUCAACGGCAAGCCACGUUGGAUCUUUCCCCUCCUUGGUGCUUCCAUCCAAUCAUGUGACUGAACAUGCAACACCAACAAUGGUCGUAACACAGUCGAUAGCCAAGAUGCUAAGUCGUCACAAGAUGGGAGCUUUAGCAGACACAGUGUCAUUGGCCAAUAAUGACUAUUGUUGUCCUUCGAGUAUGCUUCGUGCCCUCAUUGAGGUAUGGUCUCCCAGUACAAAUACCUUUUUAACUUCUGUAGGAGAGGUUGGAAUAUCUCUCCUAAAGAUGCGAGAUAUUUUUGGUUUGUCAAUUCGAGGAGCAUACUACGAGGAGGUGAUUCCAAGUUACAAAGAACUCACAGAGGACUUACCACCUUACUGCUUACUUCUGUUUAAAGCAUUUACCACGAUCGUCCAAAGGGAGAAUUCUGAACGUGUAACUUACGCUGAUUGGCUCGACUUUUGGUCUAAUCGUAACCCACCCUAUGUCGAUCCACUCACGAGUAAACGAUAUCUAGAUAUGUCUGAGUUAAAGUAUGAUGGUAAUAGGAAUGUGAUUUCAGUUCCUAAACUUGACCGCCCAUUGAAGUGGACAUUUGGAUAUGAGAGGAAACUAAGGGGUGUACCAAAACAAUGGGAUCAUCUUGGCAUGUUGGAUGUUGCUUUGGAGGUAAAUAAUAGAGAAAAACUUUUGAUUGUUGCUUAUCUUUGUGUUUGGCUUGGCAAAUUUGUUUUUCCAGAUAGGGAAGAAUUUGUUAGAGUCGGAACUUUCAAAGCUGCAACCCAAAUGGCAAUCGGUGUUACCUACAGCUUGGUUUUUCCUAUCUUGGCAUGCAUCUAUCGUGGACUUGGACAACUAACAAAAGUGCUUGAAGGUUCAUGGGUAUAUGCAACUGAAACUCCUCCUUUUCCUGGACAUUAUUUAUAUGCUUGGAUUGGUUUGCAUUUCCCCCACAAAACUUUUGCAGCCAGAUAUAAAGCUUCUUUACCUAUGGUUCGGCACUUUUGUGGGAUUUUGAAUGGAUACCAGCCUUGGGAACCAGAGGUAGCGGAUUGUCGUGUUGUUUUACAAGGUGAUUUAUCCUCAGACGACUUUUGUUGGACUCCAAUGCCUUUCCCAACCCACCCUGGACCUCGAGUUGACGAUGGACAACGACGGGCUGACACUUUGGAUUUCAUGGUGAGCAUUAGAGCAGCUGAAGGCGGAGUAGCAUCUAGGGUUGACCCAGCUUAUGUGAAGUGGUGGAAUGAAGAAGUUUUUCCUUCAAUUUCUGCAGUGAGCAUCCAAUUCUUGAAGGCUAGCGAGGCUAGAAAUUUCAUCUCAUCCUUAAUGAAGAGCACAGUGAUCAGACCUCAAAGGAAGGGGAAACAGCUUCAAGCACUAUUGUCUCCCUCACAGAACUCCCCAGAAUUAAGAGGAUUGCUAGGAGAUGUAGAGAUGAUUAGUGCUUUAGAUGAUUUUCUUGAGACAAACACUCUUAAGAUACUUGGAUCACUUCCAAGUCAAAUUGAUGGAAGAGUUCUAUCCUUAAAUGUUAGUGAGCAAGUAACUGCUGAAGAUGGGGAAGUUGACUCACAUGACAGACAACCAAAUUGGUGGGUAGGGCGAUCUUCUGCAAUUUCAGAAGCACUCCAGCUCUAUUUCCGCAUGGAUGUUGACCUUUUACUCAAGACGAUGGAUGCUUACCUAUCUAAGGUAAAUCUUUACUUAGCAAAACGAUAUGAGGUCUCCACCGGCUUGGAUGUUGAAGAAAGAGAUAAAUCUCUUGCUGCCUUACAGAAGGGGAUAUCAUCAAAUCAGAUCAUCCAUGACUCUCUUUCAAAGGAAAUCAAUGAACUCACCAAGAAGAAGAGAUCCCUAGAGAGUAAGAUUGAAAGUUUGAAGAAGGAGCUGGAAUCAGUUGAGCAGCAACAUAGUGAUGUGACUUCCACACUUGAUUUGCUCCUUGACAAGAGGCAAACGGUAGAAGAACAACUCCAGUCCAACCAAGCAAAAUUGAUAGAGUUGGAAAACUCCAAAGUUGUAGCUAUUGAGACAGUCGCUGAAGUGCAGAGGAUGUGACAAGACCUUAAAAUUGAGUUUGAAGCCAUUGCAAAGGGAACUUGGUUUGAAAACAACAUGUGAUGUUCAUUUUGUAUGCUUUCCCCAUUUUUUAGACUUUGAGCAUUCAUUUUCAAAGACUUGUCAAAUUUUGGCUUUAGCCACUUUAUGAAUAAAUAAGAUGCAUUUUCUUCACUUUUGUUGUUCUCUCUGCUCUGCUUUCUUUGCCUGACAUAGAUAUUUCUCCCUUUGUUGGAAAACUUGAAAUGAACCAUAAUCAAAAGCAAACUUAAAU